CUGAAAACUACACAAAUCAUUUACCGAUCGCCGGCAUCAAAACAGGAGGUCGGAAGCUGCUACUCUGCAACUGAGGGAACUCGAAAAGAAGAAGAAGGAAAAAAAAAAACCAGCAGAAAAUAAAAAAUGGAAUUCACAGGAGGAGGAAAUCCUCAGGAUGGUGUACCACCAGUGGAAGGCGUUGCUGGAGGAGGGACAGGUUAUGGAUGGAAUGAUGGUGGCUUACAUGGUUCAAAUCUUCUCGGUGGAUCAGUUGAUCCUACAAAGGUCCCAUCUGGUGAUUUACUGCAUGUGUGGUGCAUGCCUAGCACCGCAAAUGUUGGACAACAAGAAACCCCUCGAUCUUUGGAACCUAUAUCUCUACUGGCAGCUAGAAAUGAGAGGGAAAGCAUUCAAAUUGCUGUACGCCCCAAAGUUUCUUGGGGCCGUCCUGGUAUUGCAGGGAUUGUACUAGUUCGCUGUACUGAUCUAUGCUCUACUUCUGGUGAGAGGUUGGUUGUUGGACAAUCAGUGAUUAUGCGGCGUGUGGUUCCAAUCUUAGGUGUGCCUGAUGCUCUUGUACCCCUUGAUCUGCCAGUCAGUCAAAUCACCCUAUUCCCUGGAGAAACAACAGCAAUUUGGGUUUCAAUUGAUGUUCCUACUGAACAACCCCCUGGUCAAUAUGAAGGAGAGUUCUUCAUUACAGCUGUGAAGGCAGAAGCAGAGACUUCGGCACCAUUCCUGGCGAAAGACGAGAAACAUCAGAUAUUUGGAGAACUCAAGAACUGUCUUGAUGUUGUGGAAUCUAUAGAACACAAACCCGUGGAAAAUGUGGGUGAAAGAUUGAAAUCUAUAAGUACAGCUUUAAGGAGAGUUAUUCUGUCUCCAACAUUUACUGAUAUCUCUUCAGACAAUGGGCCAAUGGAUAUGAUGGAAGAAGAUGCUUUCACAAGCCUUUCAGUGAAUUUGAGAUUAAGUGUGACUGUUUGGGACUUUGUUCUUCCUCGGACACCGUCACUUCCAGCUGUAUUUGGUAUAUCUGAAACUGUGAUCGAGGAUCGUUUCGGUGCGAGACAUGGUAGUGAUGAGUGGUAUGAAGCAUUGGAUGAGCACUUCAAGUGGCUUCUUCAAUAUAGAAUUAGUCCAUACUUUUGCAGAUGGGGUGAUGGCAUGCGUGUCUUGGCAUACACCUGCCCAUGGCCUGCUGAUCACCCAAAAGCAGAAGAAUAUUAUUCGGACCCAAGAUUAGCAGCAUAUGCGGUGCCAUAUGCUCCAGUACUAUCUGGUAGUGAUUCAGCAAAGGAUGUCUUGAGGAAGGAAGUCGAUAUCUUGAAGACAAAAACUCACUGGAAGAAAGCUUAUUUCUACCUGUGGGACGAGCCAUUGAACCUGGAUAAUUAUAAUUCUGUACGCAACUUGUCAAAUGAGAUACGGACGUAUGCUCCUGAUGCCCGUGUUUUAACUACUUAUUACUCUGGGCCAAGUGAUGCACCUCUUGCACCUACUGCUUUUGAGGCUUUUGUAAAAGUUCCAAGUUUCCUGCGGCCACAUACUCAAAUAUAUUGCACAAGUGAGUGGGUUUUUGGUAACCGAGAGGACUUGGCCAAAGAUAUCAUUGCCGAAUUACAACCAGAGAUUGGUGAGGAAUGGUGGACAUACGUGUGCAUGGGCCCAUCCGAUCCCCAACCUAACUGGCAUCUUGGGAUGCGGGGUACACAACACCGUGCAGUAAUGUGGCGAGUAUGGAAAGAGGGUGGCACAGGGUUCCUCUAUUGGGGUGCCAAUUGUUACGAGAAGGCAACGGUUCCUAGUGCAGAGAUACGAUUCAGACGUGGCCUUCCCCCAGGUGAUGGCGUCUUGUUUUAUCCUGGUGAAGUAUUUUCUUCUUCACACGAACCGGUUGCUUCAGUUAGGCUAGAGCGCAUUCUUAGUGGCUUACAGGACAUCGAGUACCUAAAGCUGUAUGCUUCAAUAUAUGGUAGAGAUGAGGGGCUCGCCCUUUUGGAGAAGACUGGUGUAUAUCUGGGUCCUGAACGAUACACACUUGAGCAUACGCCUAUUGAUAUGAUGCGGGGUGAGAUAUUUUGCACAUGCCGGUCCUGAACAUAGAUACUCUGCACAUGCAGGUCCUGAAUUUAAGUUUUUGAGUAAAAAUGAUUAUCUGUUCUCUUUUAUAGUGUUAUAUUUUUUCCUUUAUUUUUUAAUGGAAUUUUUGUAUACCAUUAGAUGUUUCUUUUGUAAACAGUUAGCUGAAAGCCUAAAUUAGAAACAGAAAUCAAUUAAGAUAUGGAAUCUAACAGUAAAUGCUCUCUAAGAAACGACUC